UUCCGGCAGGCGCAUGAAUAUCUUAAUUAAGCGUCGCUCCGGCACAGGUGUGUCUGUAGUGAGCAGGUGCGGAUUGUCCGCGCGGGCUGAACCGACAACAAGAUGCCGCCGAGGCGGAUGAGAAACGCAGGAAAUGCCCAGAUUAAAGAGCAGCUGAGCCGGGACAUGCGACAGGGCAGACUGGCUCUCUUCAUCCAGCAGUUUGAGAAAGAAGCACAGGAGCGCAUGAACGAGCUGGAGGCCAGAAUGGAGAACAUGUUGGCAACCAUGGACAGAGUGUUCAAAGUGGACCUGAUGAAGAUGCCUCCCUCUCUUCAAAACACCCUCAUAGGGGAUUUAAUAAGUGAGGAAGACAUCUCAGCAAGUGAUGUGUCAAUUGCCAUGAAGGUGAGUUGA